AUGACAAUUUACUAUUCCCUGACCUUCAUGCUGCUCGCAGCGGAGAUGGGCACAUUUUGUAUCCUCGUUGCCCCGCUGCCGUACAGAAUCAAGAAGACCUUGUUCACAUUCUUGUCGGAAAGCGUGAUUGUCGCGAAAGUCGCAUAUGCGUUGAAGAUUUCUUUCAUAUUCGUCGCGAUUCUGUUCAUCGACGCGCUUCAACGAAUGUUUCGCAUCACGGCGGAUACAGAGGCUUCUAAAAACGCUCAAAAUGGCGGUGUUCAUGACGUUCGAACCGAAACUGGUCUCGCAGCCCGGAAAUUCUACGCUCAACGAAACGUCUAUUUGACUGGAUUCUGUCUCUUCCUUUCCCUCGUCCUUACGCGCACAUUCUACAUCAUUCUCGACCUGAUCCAUACCCAAGAAGAGUACGCCAAGAUCAAGAAACAAUCUGAAUCCACUUCGAACGGCGCAGAAUCCACCGCCGAGUUGAAGAAGAAGAUUGCCGCUCUUGAAGCCAAAGACCGCGAUUUUGAAACUCUGAAGAAGCAAGCAUCGCAACAAGCGGCUGAAUUCGAUCGACUUGCCACCGAGUACAACACUCUCAAGGGCCAGAACUCAGAUAAGAAACAGGAUUAG